AGCCUCUUCCACGCAUCUGCGCAUGUCGAACAACACGUGCGUCUGCUUGGCUUGGACAUAGCGAACGUUGUGUUCCCCUCGUGCCUGCGUAAUUUGUAGACAAUUCAAUUUACCUGAACCAGUGUGGAGUGUCAGAUACUAUUUUUAAAUGGGAGGUCUUCAGAAGAAAAAGUAUGAGAGGGGCUCUGUCACCAACUACAUCACCAGAAACAAAGCUCGCAAGAAGUUACAGCUGAGCCUCCCAGACUUCAGGCGACUGUGCAUCCUUAAAGGCAUCUACCCUCAUGAGCCCAAGCACAAGAAGAAGGUGAACAAGGGAUCUACAGCCGCGAGGACCUUCUACCUGAUCAAAGACAUCCGCUUUCUGCUGCACGAGCCGAUCGUUGGCAAGUUCAGAGACUACAAGGUAUUUGUACGCAAACUUAAGAAGGCUUAUGGAAAAACCGAAUGGACUGCUGUGGAGAGACUGAAGGAGAACAAGCCGGCCUAUAAACUGGACCACAUCGUCAAAGAAAGGUACCCCUCCUUCAUCGAUGCUCUCCGUGACAUCGACGAUGCGCUCUGCAUGGGCUUCCUCUUCUCCACCUUCGCCCGAACAGGAAAAUGCCACGUUCAGACAAUCCAGCUGUGCAGACGCCUCACUGUGGAAUGGAUGAACUAUGUGAUCGCAUCCCGUUCUCUCAGAAAGGUUUUCAUCUCCAUCAAGGGAAUAUAUUAUCAAGCGGAGGUGAUGGGACAGCUCGUUACAUGGCUGGUGCCAUAUCAGUUCUCCCAUGAUCACCCAACUGAUGUUGACUACAGAGUAAUGGCAACUUUCACAGAGCUGUACACCACUCUGCUGGGCUUCAUCAACUUCAGACUCUACCAUUCCCUCAACCUGGUCUACCCACCAAAGCUGGACAUAAAAGCAGAGUCUGAGCUGAAGGAAGAGGAUGAUGAGGACUAUGCCAUGAAUUCAGAGAGCUACCUUGAGAAACUGUCCUCCCUGAGUACCAGUCUGGCACGGGUGGUAUCCACUGCAGAGGAGGAGGAGGCUGAACUCGACAAGUUUCCUGUCGAAGAGGAGGACUUGGAGACGAUGGAGGCCAGGGAGAAGGAGCAGAAACAGCAGGAAGCUCAGAAGAAGCUUUUUGAGGGGAUCAAGCUGUUCCUCAACAGAGAAGUGCCCAGAGAGUCGCUGGCUUUUCUCAUCAGGUGUUUCGGUGGUGAAGUGUCCUGGGACAAGUCUGUUUGCAUCGGCAGCACGUACAAGGUGACGGAUGAAACCAUCACGCAUCAAAUUGUUGACAGACCCAACAUCGACAAACAGUAUAUCAACAGGUACUACAUCCAGCCCCAGUGGGUGUAUGAUUGUGUCAAUGCCAAACUCCUUCUGCCUGUGGAGGACUACUUCCUUGGAGUGACUCUGCCCCCCCACCUCUCUCCCUUCGUGGAGGAGAAAGACGGAGACUACGUGCCCCCUGAAAAGCUAAAGAUCAUGGCCCUACAGCGAGGAGAGAAACCCGCCAAUGAACAGGAGGAAGAGGAGGAAGAAGAAGAAGAGGAAGAUGAUGAUGAAGAGGAGGAAGAAAAUGAAGACGAGGACGAUGAUGAAGAGGUGGAGGAGAAGAAUCUGAAGAAGAUGGAAGAACAAAGAUCCCAGGGCAAAUCUCUGCCGGUCAAAGUGACGGCUGGUAAAGUGAAGGUGGACAACCCGGCCCGCUUGGAGCAGGAGGAGAAGGCAGAGGAGAAACGUCUGGCCAUCAUGAUGAUGAAGAAAAAGGAGAAGUACCUCUACGACAAGAUCAUGUUCGGAAAGAAGAGGAAAAUCCGAGAGGCGAACAAGCUGACUGCCAAGAGGAAGGCCCACGAUGAUGCUGAGAAGUCAAAGAAGAAGAAGACCAGAAAAUGACUCGUCUGAUGAUGCAUUUGUCAGACAGACUUUAUGUAUUUAAAUUCGUGAGGUAGAGAGUAUUACAGGUUGACAUGUCCUCAAACCUGUAAGUGUAUUAGAGAGCUCUGUGGGUGAGUUCCAUGCACCAUGAUGUGCAUUGACCGUUGCAUAAUUUCAAGCUGAAAUGCAGGAUGUGGCAAUGCUAAUUGUGUAAUUAUUCAUGUCAAAGUUUGACAUUAUGUUGUUUGUAUGAACUGUUCUAUAUUACACAAGAUAUUUCUUACAUUUUAUUGUAUAAUCUGUGCUUGAAACUGUCUAUAUUAAAGUAAAACCCCCAAAGUAUUAAGCCCGUUACUUGUGAUCUUGCAACAUUAGGGUUUCUUACUUGCUCAGUUACAGUACACUACACACCUGGGUGGCGUAUUACAGAUCAAGCAAGCAGUGAGUCUGCGUGUCACUUCCCACAGCUGUGUAUGGAUCAGAAGAGAUGCUCAAAACAAUGUGAAAAUACAGUUUGUCCCACAAGAACACGUAUGUGCAGUGGGCUGAGCUCACUGUGCUGUUAGUGGGUCGGUUUGAGCGAUGUGUCCACAUGUGGGACGGUGUGCGUUGAUGACGAAGGAGCAUAAGCCCCUCUGCCCUCUCGAGACGCUGCUGUGAUCGUGGUGGGCCAAAGGCCAGGCCAGUCAUGCCCCCCGCUCUCCUCAAUCGCCUCAUUCAGUUUGUGACGCGCCAUGCCUUCUCUCACCCUGAUCUGCAUUCCACGCAUGCCCGCCCAGUCCGGUUCUCAGCCUGGCACUCUGGCUGCCUGUGGGCUGAGGCACACCCUGCUCAACAAAAGCAGCAGUGUCGUUUCUGAGCGUGUGGGAUGAGCAGCACGAAUCCAGAGCGCCUUCCAAGAGUCGGGGCUCGAACGCAGAGAGAGAGAGAGAGACACAGCUCACACAUACUGUAAUGGAUGAAACGUU